GUCACACUAGAUUAGAUAGUAAACGAUGUCUGUACUUGUGUUGUUAUGUGGGUGUGGAUUUACAUCACUGCAUCGAAAAUAAAAUAAUGUAAUUUGUUAUCAAAAUGUGCUCUAAUAACUGUGUUAGCGUUGUUGAUUUAGACUAUGUUCUAAUAAAGCUUAAUGGUAGCGACAUUUCAUCGUUGUCGAGUUAUGAGGUGGUUCAAAUGUUCCUUCAAUCUAAAGAAAAUCUAGUAGUCGAAUUGUCCCGAAAAACAAACCAUUUACAAUUUUCCGAUGCAGAGCAAAAUAAGUUCGAUAUUUAUACAAAACAUGAAAAUAUUCUACAAUUACCAAAAGAUACAAGAGAUGGCUCACAACCCAACACAAAUUCCAUUUCAUUUCCCCUGCCACAGAAAAAUGAAAUCAUAUUAACUUUACGUGCAUUUAACAAUGUCAAUGUCGAUGCCGAACCAUUGUUAACAGAUGUUGAACACGCCACCGUAGUAUCAAAAGGAACUCAAACCACAACCGAAAAUGGUUUUGACAUUAAGCAAAAUAUCGAUCACAACAAAGACAUUGUGCAAUCGAUAGCUGAUCAUUUCAUUGAGCAACAGCACCAUCUAUUCGAACAAUGCUUGGAACCAGAAAUUGACAUUGAGGAAAUAACGCUUAUUAAUAAGGACUCGAUUGGUGGCAAUUUAGGAUUAAGUGUUAGUUGUCCCAACGACUUCGAGGAAAGUAUUAAGCCUGUGAUACGCAACGACAACAGUAAUAAUACAGACUUGACAAUAUUAGAUGAACAUGAUGCCUGUGAGGAUGUCUUCAUCAGUGAUAUUCAAUCUGAAAGUAUUGCUGAUAUUGAUGGACGCUUAAGGCGUGGUGAUCAAAUUCUACGUAUUAACGGUCUCGAUAUAAAAACUAAAAAGCACGCUGAAUCGCAAAUCUCAAUGAACGGCAAGGCUGUUACGUUGCUUGUCAGUCGCAUUUUGUAUCCCGGAGAGGACGAGGACGACGAUGAUGAUGAUGAUGAUAUUGACAGCAACUUUGAAUAUGCAAACCGAUUAUUGCCUGACGAUUAUACAAAUGUUGUUGAUAAAUUAGAUACAAUUCUUUUGGCCCAACAACAGCAGUCUGUACUAACCGGAAAUAACUUAAUUACUACUCAAACUAACUGCAAAUCGGCUCGCGUUAAUCCAGACGACUUGAAAAAUGAAACUCAAAUAAGUACUCUGAGUUUAAGAGAUGAGGAACCAACGAAAUUGCCGAAAUUGCAUCUAAAGUCAAAGUUGCAAUCUGACUGUCCCUGUCAAUUAUCAGAAAAAAACCUUUCAGCUAGAAGUGGAGAUAAGGCUUCAAAAACAGCUAAAUAUGGGUAUGAUGAAAGCGAACAUAUUUAUGAAACAAUACCAGAAGAUUCGGAAUCCGAGCCGCUUUACUGUUCACCAUAUCAGAGCUCGAACUAUAUGACGGCAAUGGGCUCUUGUUCAUCGGCUGAUGUGUUGGAAAUGCAACAACAAACCCAGCGAGUAGCUCAAUGGCUUGGCCUUAAAAAAAUUGGUUCGAGAUCAAUACACACUUUAUCUGGACGUUUAACUAAGCAACAAAAUCGAUUACCAAAUCGUAUAUGCACAUUAACCAAUACUACGAGCGGCUCAAGUAGUAGUGGUGCUGCAUAUAGUGCUUGCGGAUAUAUUAAUAUUGACAGCGAUCAUGCAAAUCAAAAUCUACUCGUCAAUCAAAAUAAAGAAGAAAUUGACACCUCAUCAAGUGCUUAUAAUACAGGUGGCUCGAAUAACAGUGCUUCUCCACGCCAAAAUGGUCCGAUAGCAAAUCUAAACAAUGAAAAUUCUACAAGUUUUCAAAUCAUCUCAGGUGCCUUAAAGAACACUGCAUCAACCAUUGAACCAUUUGGUAAAUGCUCUCGAAUACACUGUCCAGCACAUGUGUCGCAAAAAGAGCAAAUUGCAAAUAUUUCGCAAAAUAAAUCACAUACAGACGAACCACAUACAGGCCCCUUAUCCGCAAAAGCAGACGUAAAAGUUUCGCGUUUGCAGCCUACGGAGGAGCAACAAGUUCAAUCCUGUCCACAAUUUAAUGCUCCGAACUUAAGCAGAUAUCACUUUGUUAGUAGCCAAGAGUAUUUUUAUCCAUUGCAGAAAAACGACUAAGGCAAAACGAAGGGUAAAAGGAAAUGGGUGGCGUAGUCCAGAACAAGAAGUGAGAAAAAGGAAUAUAUAUGCCACUUAAAAAAAUUUCUGAGUCUUGAAAAACAACAAAAUAAAAAAGUCGAAUAUAAAAUCGUAUGUAUUAUGUAUUAUGAAUAAGAAGGCCAGCUAUGAAUGAAAACAAUCUUUAAUACUUUAAAAAAAGUGGAGUUUGGAUUUUCAUUGAAAUAUUUGUCGAACUGUGUAUGUGCCUAUCUAAUUUGAUGAUUAUUAAUGAAGGAAAUUGUAGCCAUUUAUAAAUGAUAUACCAACGAGUUAAAUAGUGUAAGUUUAUCUACUUAUCACUCCUUUGUAUAUCGCCCACAUCCAGCUAAAACAAUCCAGCUACAGCGUCAAGUUCAUAUGAAGGGAGCAUUGAAAUUAAAGAUGUUUGACUAAUGUUCAAUCACAAAUUCAAUUUGAAAUAUCUAAAUUUAAAACAUUAUCGAAGCAACAAUCAAUGUCAUCGUUAUCGACAUUAUCAUCAUCAACAAUGUCUAGUAAUGCCGUCUCAGUAAAUACAAAUACACAAAUGCUUAAUGAUAAUAACAUUACUAAAAAUGCAGCAUUUCAUAAAAUUAAUAAUCAGAAUACUCACCAUCAAAUGAUACAAGUACAACAACAAAAAAGUACAUCAAAUCCCAUUAUCGGAAGAUCCACGCACGUUGCAAUUGGCAUUGGAAUUAUCGUUAGUUGGAUUGAAUGAAC